GGGGCGCGGUGGCGCUGGGCAUGCAGGCUAACGCGGUGCGAGCUACGCGGACGGAGCUACAGUCGCGGUCGCCCGCCGACGCGCACUGGUCCUGGCACUUCUGGGAGAGGGCCCACGCGGUGGACUGCUCCCAGGGCUUGCAUCUCGACCUCCGCUGCUUGCUGCACUGCCGCGACUGCGCGGGGGCUGGCACCAAGAUCCUGCCAGGGACCUCGCUGCCGCAGGAGCUGGAGGGCCCGCUGGCCUGCCCGACGCCCAGCCACGGCAGCGGGCUCGCUGGGGGGCCACAGCGGUGGAACCUGAGCUUGCCUCUCGACCCGAAGCGCGCGGCCCCAGAGAUCCACCGACCCGUGCGAGGGACAGGGGCGGCAAGUGCUCGCGACUGGCUGCCGCAGGAGGUGCGCGGGCAGAGGCGCACCGCAGCGUGGACCGACCCGUGGGCAGCGGCUACGCAUGUGGACUACCUGCUGGGGGCCUGCCGCUCACAGACCGAAAUGAUCGCGCCCGUGGCGUCGGGCGACGCGCUGGAGCUGCACUUGCGAUGGCUGACCAGCCACGUCUACGAGGUGCGGGCGAAGGACAGGGCGGGCGCGGCAGCCAUGCUGGCCGCGCGACCGCCAGGGUCGUCGGCUGACUUGGCGCCGACGCGGCUCGUGGCGGAGGCCACGGCGCACGGCGCGGCCGAGCGCCAGCGGGGCGAGCGCGCGGCCGCCUCGGGGAUGCGAG